CUUACAACGCUACCAUUCAAUCCCAAUCAGCGAUCGACGCCUCGUCAGCAGAGUCUCGGAGUGGAGCGGACAAGAAACAACAAUUUACUCCGAGAAUCGAUUCCCGUAUCGCAAAGUAUGUUUUACCAACCUUCAGCGCAAGUACCGCAAACUACGUUCCGUCAUCCAUCAUCGAACGUAGAAUUCCUUCACCGGAACCGUCAACCUGGUACAGCAGUCCAGUUUCGUCAGCCCCUUGAUAAUCAGUCUACACAUCAGCAUGCAGGUCCAGUUCCGGUACUUCAAUACACGCGACGAGGACACCCAUCGGCCCCAAUAGAACAGUUUCAGCCAACCACUGGGGGCUAUCAAGUGCCUCGAUUGGAUCCAGCACCUCAUUUCUCUAGACACCAGGAAUCCAAUCUUCGAGACGUGGAAGACAACGUUUGCAUACUCAACCGAAGUCAGUUGGCAGCUCGCCAAGCCGUAUCCAAAGAAUUACCGGAGUUCUAUGGAAAUCCAGAGGAUUGGCCGUUAUUUUUCUCCAUGUAUAACUCCUCUACGCAGAUGUGCGGUUUUUCUAAUGAGGAGAAUAUGCUUAGACUCCGAAAAUGCCUGAGGGGAAAAGCUCUUGAAGCAGUGCGAUGCCGACUGCUACAUCCUUCUAACGUUAACAGCGUAAUUUCCACCUUGAAGAUGUUGUACGGGAGACCGGAAGCCAUCGUGCAAUCAGCAAUCCGGAAAGUCCGGUCAUUGCCGUCACCGCAAGUAGAGCGGCUCGAUACAGUGGUAAACUUCGCACUAACAGUCGAAAAUUUGGUGGCCACAAUCGAAGCAUGCGGAAUCGAGGAUUUUGUGUAUAACGCUUCUUUGAAAUUUGAACUGGUGGAUCGUCUACCUCCUGGACUGAAGUUGGAUUGGGCGAAGCAUUCCAGAAAUAUCCCAUCGCCCAAUCUAUUGGAUUUCAGCGGAUGGCUGUAUUCGAUUGCUGAGGAUGCUAGCGCAGUAAUGCAGACUUCGGUUGGCGGAAGCAGAGGCCGUGGGACGAAAGAUGGAUUUGUGAAUAUUCACGCGGAAACUGAACACUCAGGGGAAACGCGAAGCGAGCCCACGAUACAAGGAUCAUCUUCAGUAGCUGUACAUGAUUGCUUCGUGUGUAAAGGUAGAUGUCCAUCAAUCGUCAAAUGCAAACGUUUUGGGGAGUUGAGCCUGGAUGCGAAGUGGGCCGUUGUUCGCGACGCAAAACUGUGCCGUAAAUGCUUACGAAGGCACAAUGGAUCCUGUAGGCAACAAAAACCUUGCGAAGUCAACGGCUGUACGUUUUUGCAUCAUCCGCUACUGCAUAAUAAAUUGCAGGAUACAGAAAAGGUGCAAUCAGACCGAGCAUCGCCGAGUACCAUCGGAAGCUGCAACGUUCAUCAGGUUCAAACCAGUGAAGUUUUAUUCCGUAUUGUUCCGGUGCAGCUGCAUGGGCCAUCGAAAGUUAUUCAGACAUACGCGUUCAUUGACGAUGGCUCGGAACUAACGCUACUGGAGGACAGUUUAGCAGAGGAACUUAGAGUAAAAGGACCUCGAACAUCGUUGUGCUUGAAGUGGACGGGAGGAACCAAGAGAGUGGAAGCUGAAUCGCAAAUAGUUGAUGUGGGAAUAUCGUCGACCGGAAAAUCGGAUCAGCCAUACAGGAUGACCAAAGUCCACACGAUACAAAAUCUGCAACUUCGACCUCAGACCUUAGUGCUCACCGAAUUGCUGCAACGUUUCAAGCACUUGAAAGGAUUACCGAUCGAAUCAUACACGAAUGUGUGUCCCCGCAUCCUGAUUGGCCUGGACAAUGCUACACUGGGACAUGUAAUGCAAGGACGGGAAGGAAAGUCCUGUGAACCAAUAGCGGUUAAGACUCGGUUAGGAUGGAUCGUAUAUGGAAGUUGUUCGCGAACACAGCAAGACAUUAGCUACGUGAACGUGCAUGCUAUUGAGGUAUGCGAAUGCAACAGAGUCUCGGACGAUGAUCUUCACACUGCCAUGAAGGAAUACUUCGCUUUGGACAGCCUCGGGAUCGCGAAGCCCAGUAAGAUCCUACGGUCUGCGGAGGACGAGCGAGCAAUGGCAAUUCUGGAAAAGCAAACUAACCGGAAGGAAGACCGGUAUGAAUCGGGGUUGCUCUGGAAGUACGAUGAUGUUCGCUUUCCAAACAGCUCAGGGAUGGCUUUCAGAAGAUGGCAGUGUUUGGAUCGACGAAUGAAACGCGAUAAAACGUUUUCGGAAACAAUUCAAUUGAAAAUGACUGAUUAUGUGAAUAAGGGAUACGUGCGCAAGUUAACGGACGCAGAACUGAAUACACGGAAGGCUUUGGAGUGGUAUUUGCCUGUUUUUCCGGUAACGAAUCCCAAUAAACCGGGGAAGGUAAGACUGGUGUGGGAUGCAGCUGCCGCUGCGUACGGCGUUUCUCUCAACUCGCUGUUACUCAAGGGUCCGGACCUCUUGACGUCCCUCCUCACCGUUCUCGUACAGUUUCGACAAUUCCGAAUUGCUGUUUGCGGGGACAUUCGGGAGAUGUAUCUGCAGAUUCUAUUGAAACAGGAUGUUCGAUUGUGCUUUUUCUGGAAAGACAGCGAAGACGAUGAAAACCCUAGUGUGUACACGAUGUUGGUGUUGCCAUUUGGAGUGUCAUGUGCCCCAACCAUUGCGCAAUAUGUGAAAAACACUAACGCUCAGCGGUUCGCCAAGGAGCAUCCUGCGGCUGUCCAUGCUAUCGUUGACCAACAUUACGUUGACGAUAUGCUUAUGAGUACUGAAACUGAACAAGAAGCGAUUGACGUGGCAAGAAACGUCAAGAAGAUCCAUGCUGAAGCCGGCUUCGAGAUGAGAAACUGGAUCUCGAAUUGUCCGCAAGUUUUGCAAGCGCUAGAAGAGCCACUAACGAAGGAGAAAAGCCUUAACCUGGAAGAUGGUGUGAUAACCGAAAAAGUAUUGGGCAUGUGGUGGAAUACGGCCACCGAUUGUUUCUUCUUCAAGAUUUCACCACGGUAUGACCCGGAACUGAUGUCUGGACAACGAAGGCCCACGAAACGCGAAGUUCUACGAACCCUGAUGAUGAUCUUUGACCCCUUGGGGCUUAUCGGUCAUUUUUUGAUGUACCUGAAAGGAGUACUGCAAGAAAUCUGGCGUACUUCGGUCGGGUGGGAUGAGUUAAUCGAAGAAAAGCAGUUCGGAAUGUGGAUGGAGUGGCUCAACGUUCUUCCAGAGGUGGCGAAGGUAGAAAUACCGCGAUGCUUCAGGACCACUACAUCGAUCGAAAGCUCAAACGAAGUACAGUUGCACGUUUUUGUUGACGCUAGCGAGACGGGAUUUGCAGCAGUGGCUUAUCUUCGAUUUCAGGAGAGACAAACAAUCGAAACAGCGUUAGUGGGAUCGAAAACUCGUGUUGCACCGAUCAAGUUCCUAUCGAUCCCACGCUCAGAGCUUCAGGCCAGCGUCAUCGGAGUAAGAUUAGCGAACACCAUACAGCAAUCUCUCACUAUCAAGGUAAACCGGCGUUUCUUUUGGACCGAUUCAACGGACGUUAUCAGUUGGAUUCAAUCUGACCAUCGGCGAUACAGCCAAUUCGUCGCGUUUCGUGUAAGCGAAAUAUUGGAAACAUCUGAUGUUAGAGAGUGGCAAUGGAUACAAACGAAACAAAACGUCGCAGAUGAAGGAACCAAAUGGAAACGAGUUCCAGACAUGAGUGGAUCCAGCCGGUGGCUGAACGGGCCGGAUUUUUUAAGCAAACCGGAAGCAGAAUGGCCCGUCAAGCAUCAAACUUCUGGAACAACUGUAGAAGAAUUACGUCCUCAUCUGCUUGUGCAUCUUGUGUCAUCUGAAGCCAUCAUUGAUCCUCAUAGAUUCUCAAAUGGACCGAACUGCUACGCCGUAUGGCUUACGUGUUCCGUUUUGUCAAAAAUACAAGGAUUUCCGAACAGGAGAGGAGCUUUGGGCCUUUGACGUCAUCGGAGCUGGCUGAAGCUGAAAACUAUUUCUAUCGACUUGCUCAACGGAGUGUCUUCGCCGAUGAAGUAGCAGUUUUGUUAGACAGGAGAAUGUCAGAAAACUCCAAGCUUGUCAUUCCAAAGAGCAGCUCAAUACACAACCUUUGUCCGUUCCUCGAUAAAGAUGAUCUGCUACGCGUACGUGGUAGAACCGGAGAGUGUCGGUUCAUCAAUCAGGAGACUGUCAACCCCAUUAUCCUUCCGAAGGCUCAUCACGUCACUAGUCUAGUUGUGUCCCAUUAUCACAGGAAAUACCAUCACCAAAACCAUAAUGUCACCAUCAACGAACUGCGACAAAAGUUUAGUAUUCCCCAACUGAAGGCUACAUAUAACAAGGUCCGGCGAGACUGCCAGCAGUGCAAGAACGACUCUGCGCGGCCAGAACCGCCGGCCAUGGGGGAUUUACCCUUACCUCGAUUAGCUGCUUACGCUCGUCCUUUCACGUACAUGGGAGUGGACUACUUCGGCCCCUAUGUGAUCAUUCUGGGACGUCGUUUAGAAAAGCGGUGGGUACUUCUAGCUACCUGCCUCACCACUCGAGCCGUUCACUUGCAAAUAGUUCACUCUAUGACCACCGAUUCAUGUACACGCAGAAAAAUAAAUUGUAAACACAAUUCAAUUCUAGUUCAAAUCAACCGAUUUUUCAGUUUACUAUAGCGACAAACUGAUUUCUAGUUUAAACUGAACUGUUCCAUUUGUUUGAUACUACAAAUAUUUUCAUUUGCCGAAAUUUUUGACAGUUUGUUAAAAUAAACAGAGAUAUGGUUUUUUAAACAUGAAAUAAUUGAUUGAUUCAAACGACUUCACUUUUGCCACUAACAAACCCGGAAUGUGAUUGUUUUGGUGACGGCAGCAACUGCGGCAGCUCGGAAAUCUAUUUUUAGAUCGUCGGUAAGCGGAUGGCGAGGAGAACGACUAGAAAAAGACAAAAAAGGCGAAACCGAUCAACUUUUUGUGGAUGCUGUCGUGAGUACCUGCGCGUUAUCCAUCACGGCCAAAGCUGCACUUGGAAGUUGGCGUGAUGGAUUUGCUGCACCUUCUUCGUUGUGGCGAUGUUGGGGUAAGCAUUUUAUAGAUGUGUGAGUGCUUUCGGACCAUGUUUAUGGUUUUUAUUUUGUUGAAACAAAUGAAAUUUUUGACAUUAUAUGAAAUGAUGGUAAUCGGUUGUUUUCAUCAAUAAACUCUGGAUGAAAACAAUUAAAUAUAACUUUGGAAUAAGUAAAUUCUCAGUUUGAAAAUCAACCAUGCGUUUUAUUGUUUUAAACAAGCGCCAUUUUUCUGCGUGUAUAAUGGCCCUCAGGAACGUCAUGACCAGGAGAGGUGUUCCGGCGGUUAUUUACAGCGAUCACGGGACAAAUUUUCAAGGCGCCAGCAAAGAAUUAGAGGAAGCUAUGGAGAACCUGGACCGAGCGAGGUUCGAAACCGAGUUUACAACUUCUCAUACGUCCUGGAAAUUCAUCCCACCGGCUUCGCCGCAUAUGGGCGGCGCAUGGGAGCGCCUCGUGCGUAUCGUGAAGCAGAACCUUGCUAAAUUAAAACCGAGCAGGACGAUGUCUCAUGAAGUCCUGGAAAACAUGUUGACGGAGGUCAAGAAUGUGGCCAAUUCGCGCCCGAUGACCAAUCUACCGUUGGACGACGACCAGUCGCCAGUAUUAACCCCAAACCAUUUCUUUCUGGGUUCUAGCAAUGGAUUGCGAUCGUGGGUACCUUUCAGUGACAGUUCGGAAUUGUUGAAAAAUUCUUGGAAAGUUUCGCAGAGCCUGGCCAACCAGUUUUGGAGGCAAUGGCUACGAGAUUACUUGCCGUAUAUUACCCGACGCACGAAAUGGUUCACAGAUGUGGAACCGAUUAGAGUCAACGAUCUGGUUGUCAUCGUAGACCCAAAACUUCCACGGAAUACCUGGCCGAAAGGCCGCGUUAUUGGCGUCAAACAAGGACCAGAUAACCAAGUGAGGAGUGCCACCGUGCAGACUUCCCAAGGUAUUUAUGAGCGGCCCGCAGUGAAGCUCGCCGUGCUCGACGUAGGCGUUAGAACCAAUGCAGCCCUGAACGACCGCAUUCGGGGGGGUGUUGGGUACGCUACAUCAACGCCCGUCGAACACCAUAUGCCCCACUCCAGCUAUAGCUGAUUUGUCACACCCAGCACCUACGGAGAGGAUCGUUCGAAGUUGAGAAGUACACACCACAAUGCAUCUUUGUCAAUAGACAUGAAAUUACGUUCGCUCGGUGAUGACUGUGCUUGUGAUAAACACCUAUGAAAUUAAGUGGAAUAUCUUUAUGAGUUUGGAUUGCUACAGUUAGAAUUGUUUGCGCCUAUCUAGAAUUGUUGAUAUUAUCCCAGGUGUUGAAAACAAUCAUACAUAAUGUGAAACACUGUGCUAAUCAUAUGCCAAUCGUUACAGCCUGGUUGAUAAAAGUGUCGCUUGGAAAGCAAAUGAAUUCGGACACGUCAAUUGAAAGGCAUAUAUCGACUGAAUUAAAUCCUAAUCCUAUCAAUUUAAAGUUAAUUAACGGUAUGACCAUCAAUGAAUUGCUUUCCAUUAAAUAAUUGAUAUGUUAUGAUCCUACAGCUAGAAUUCUGCGAGAUUUGUCAGCAAUAGUAGCCAAUUAAGUUCCAUUUGAAUCUCCAUUUAAGCAGUUUAGGGUAAGAGGUCCUGUUUUCAUACUCAGUCCCAUUGUAUUUAGUUUUACCGCACCCAUUAACAGAUCUUACAGUAACAACCGCAAAUAGUGGACCACCACCUGGUGUUGAAGAACUUCUGUUGAGUGGUAGCUAGACUACAGUAAGAACAAAUUAAUCCACAUGCGAACACUUUGUAAUGUAACUUUUUUCCUUCAGGAAUUUUGUAAUUACUCAAUAAAUUCUUCACAAAAUCAACCAAACCCCACCGCCCAACACAUACCGUGAAUUGUAAAUAAGAUUUUUACAAUAUAUUAUACAGGUUGUUAAGUAUCGUAACAAUAUAAAAAAAUAUUUUUUUCCAUAUAUAUUUUUUUGCAAAACCAUACAUUUUAUUGUUAAUGAAUUGUUCAAAAUAAUGAUACGUGGGUUUAAAUAUACCGUACAUUGUAUGGUACAUGAAUGGUUUCAAACAAUAAAAUGUACCGUAAAUAAAUUGUUUUUAAUUGUAAUUUCACUACUGGUUAUACAUUUAAUCAAAUGGUUUUGGAAUGGUUCUCUUUUGUUAUGUUGAAUUGUUUUACAUUACAUAAACCAUAUAUUGUUAUAUUAUCUUGCCAUUUUCCUCCUGUUAAUGGCAUCUUAGGCUAAUUAGAUUUAUUAGAAUGCGCUUUGGGAAUUCCCAGAGCGUUUUGGAUAACCCUUCAUAUAUAGGAUCGCCCACGUCUAAGUCUGAGUAGUCUCUGAUUGCAUUAACAGUUGAAACUUAGGCUCCCAUUCCCCACCAGCCAGAUAACCGGGUUUCGCAAACUAAGGAUUAUUUGUGGCAACACUUUGAGCGGCAUGAUGGAACUAUGCCGAGCGCGCUAAGUGUUAUUAGACCACUAAUGUAGUUGCAUGAAGUGGGUGACGAGGUACAUAAGUAUUAUUACAGCGUGCUUAACCGUUAUUGCAAUAUUGAGGCACCAAGUUCGAUUCAAAUAUAAGUUAGGUUAAAAAGCGAACCCGCAGACGAACCUAUAUUAAAAGUCAUUUCAGUGUUCAGUCCAGUCAUAUGUUAGAGAUGGCUCUACGUCAAAGAUAAAGUUUGUCAACUAAAUGCAAAUACAGAAAGAAUACUGUUGAAGUGUUGAACUCAUCUACUGAUUUACGGUAAUCUGACCUGCAUCUUUCCGGGUUGGCCUACAUUGCAUUCGUAUUUCUCUCAUCGCACUCUACACACCUAGCCCGCCCUCGAGCCCGCCAUAUCUCUUGGACCCCUGCUUGGACCUGCAGUUCUUAGGACAUCUGGUUUACCACUGAUUUAAACAUGUUAUUGGCAUUAACCCUUUGGAGCCGGAGGGGUCAUAUAUGACCCCGGCGAUGAAACCGAGCAUAACAAACGUGUUCGACACCAGCGAGGUUGCGUCAACAGCGGCGAAAAAAAUCGAUUCCAAAAGGUUAAAUUGAUGUUUCAACUUAUUCACUUUUUUUUCUUUCCUUUCCUUUGCAUCAAAAAAGUCACAAGCAUCAACAAAACAAAGCACGGAAAAAAUCUUAAACUGAAUAAAUCUGGUGUUCGAUUUGAAUAGGUCGAAUCUGCAUAGGAAUCACAGCAAACAUACGAUCUAUUCAAAUCGAACACCAGAAAUAAUUAAAAAUUCACGGAAAAAUAAUGUUUCGGAAAAGUGAGAAAAACAGUAUAAUAUAUUGUUACAUUAAAAUCCAAUGUAAAUGUAUAGUAUAGCGAACCAUUUCAUUACAAUACACUUUAUUGUAGCUGGUACACUGUAUGGUGCAGGAAUGGUUUUCACCAUACACCCUAUGGUUAGUUUUUAUCCGGCCAUGCUCGUCGCAUCACACCUUCCAGAGCGAUGUUGAAGAGUAAGCAUGAGAGUCCGUCACCUUGACGCAGUCCCCGGCGAGAUUCGAAUGAACUGGAUAGUUCACCCGAAACCCUUACGCAGCUUUGCACACCCUCCAUCGUUGCUUUUAUUGCUGUGUGCGUUUAAGAUGCAAACGGUGCCCAAAUGCGCUUCAAACGCGGUGUUACCAAAGGCAAAUUAGCAACUAUAUCCAAAACCACCGCCAACCUAGGAUUUAAAUGCUCCCACUGACAUCGGGUUACUUGUUAGAAAAUCUUACCGCAUUUGGUGUUCCUGCAUUUGAUAUUUGCGUUUCGAAUGCACACAGCAAUAUCAGUCUAGUCAGCUUCCUAGGAAAGCCGUUUUCGUCCAUGAUUUUCCAUAGCUCUGCGCGGGAGAAUGAGAUGAACAGAACGCUCAUAAGGUGGUCCUUUAUAAAAAUGAAACAUAAACCAAGCUCAAAGAACAAUUGCAAAUAUUUGGAGUUUUCGAAUGACGAGUGCUAAGGUAAUAUUUCGCUCUGUACUAGAUAACGGUGUGGCGGGAGAGGGUGAGCCACGUGCUCGCAAAGCCAGAAGAAUACGGUGGGCAGGAUAUACUACUAGAAAUUUUUAGAAUGAUGCAUAUUGAAAUGUCUUGAAACUGUUUAAAAUUAUCCAUUGAUAAGCUACUAGCAGAUUGUUUUGGUUAUUACUAAUGUAACCCAUUUCUGGAACAUUUCAAACUGUAACUUUUUUUAUUAGGAGAAUAUCAACUAUGAUAAGUCAUCUAAAAUAGAUUUACAUAGCUCAUAGAAAUAAAGUAGCUGCGCAAAAAAAAAAUAAAAAAAAUAUUUUUUCAACGUUUCACGUGCAUAUGCCCCACUGUGUAUUAAAACGAAAAUUUCACCGUAGAUUUCCGUUUAAAUGACUGCAAUAACUUUCUUUUAUGGGGUUGAGGUACUCCAGAAAAAAUCAGACAUCUACUGUGAUUGUGGCAUAAUUCGGGCGUUAAUGGGUUAAGCGUUUUGUUUGGCUGAUAAUUUCGCGUUAAUAACAAGUUUCAACGAAAGUGAAUUGCAAAGUCCUCAAGAUUUAUUCGCUGGAUUAACUUAUGAAGGGCAACACUAAUAAAACUGGAAUGCAAAACGCCGUAUUGAAGAAGUGGAGCAGCAACUGACUGAUCUUCAUCCAGGCAUGAUAAAAUACUCGGUGAGGAUGUUCCUUUUACUAUGUUAACAUUAUCCUGUAAUUAUUACAUAGUUAUUUUCACUACACUGUGUCCAAUAAGUUCUCAUACAAAAUACUAAUUUUGGAAAUAUAAUUUAAUUUUACAUCUCUGAUUCAUAUUUGCAAACUGAAUGCAUGUUUUGAAGGGCCACACAAUACUGAUUAAAUAAAGCAUACGGUUUAGAAUAACGUUAUUUUCUAUUUGUUUUAUAUAUUUAUUUUGUAUGGCAAAAAGCAUCUAAACUCGAAUUUCUCGAAAUGUUGUCCGGAAUUCUUGCAACAUGCCCUGCCCAUCGUACCCUUCCGGUUUUGGCCACCUUCUGGAUGCUGGGUUCGCCGUAAAGUGCAGCAAGCUUGUGGUUCACCCUUCUACGCCACAUAUCGUUCUCCUGCACACCGCCGAAGAUCGUCCUUAGCACGCGUCGCUCGAAAACUCCGAGUGCUUGCAGGUCCUCCUCGAGCAUGAUCCAUGACUCGUGUCCGUAGAGGACCACCGGUCUUUUUAGACUGAAGCUUUUUCUGAGGCCCGUAGACGAGCUUGGUGGUCUAGUGGCUACCGCUUCUGAUUCAUAUGCAGAAGGUCCUGGGUUCAAUCCCUGGCUCGUCCCUUUCCUCCUACUUUGAAUCUUUCUAUCUACUUUCUCUCUCACUCUCUCUCUCUCCUACAUAUACAUCUCAUGUAUAUUCGUUCGUAGCGAUCGCUAGAACCAGAAACGGAUUGAAAUAAAGCCGUUUCCCUUCCUUCCAACUUUCAUUACAGCACAGUGUCAAUCUAUCAUAUAACGCCUACAAGUUAUGCAACCAAGCGGACUGUGCCGCUUCAUAGUAAUCUUCACACAUUCUAUCGCUUUACGCCUGGCACCCUUGCACCAAUGCAUGAUCAAUGUGCCAAAAAUAAACAUUUCCCACCAACACACCAACAUCCGCAUGACCUUGUGCAGGCGCAGAGGACUCAACGGCCUGAUGUGGGCAAGCGAAUGCAAUCAUCACUUCCCUCCCCUUCCCCCAUUGACCUGCAACCUGACGCAGCAGGCGCCAUUGUCGCCUAAAAAUACAAGACCACCAAUGCUCACACACUGAAGAUGCCUGUUAGUCCCAAACAGCUAUCUCAUUGGUUCCUUGUGUGAGUGUAGCUGAUCUGGCGAUACUGGAGUUGCAACUGCGGGCGGUCAAUCAAGCUCAAGCUCAAGCUCAAGCUGAAGCUUUUUCUGAGGCCCGUAGUAGGCCCGACUUCCGCUGAUGAUGCGCCUUCGAAUUUCACGACUCACGUUGUUGUCAGCCGUCAGUAAGGAUCCGAGGUAGACGAAUUCCUCCACCACCUCGAUGGUAUCCCCGUCUAUCGUAACAUUACCACCCAGACGGAUCCGGUUGUGUUCGGUUCCGUCUACCAGCAUAUACUUUGUUUUUGAGGCAUUCACCACCAGUCCGACCUUUGCUGCUUCGCGUUUCAGGCAGGUGUACAGUUCGGUCACCGUUUAAAAUGUUCUGGCAUAGUGUCUAUGUCGUCCGCAAAGCACACAAAUUGACCGGAUUUUGUGAAAAUUGUUCCCCGGCUGUUGAGCCCGGCUCGUCGCAUCACACCUUCUGGAGCGAUGUUGAAGAGUAGGCAUCAGUAUUGGGAGAAACUCAAAUUCUCAAAUCUCAUGGUCGAGUUGUUUCAAGCGCGAUUCUUGACUCGCCAAACUCACCGCUGAAAAAAUCAUGCAUGAGUUGACUCGUGAUUUUACCCUUGCUUUAUUUCUCGGUGUUCUUAUUAUUUACAUCGAAGUUUUUAGGAUUAUUAGAUAGAACAAAAGGCAAUCCAGCGUACAAUAACUUUGAAUGCCGUUUAAAUUGAUUUGGAUUCGUUUUACAAGCGAACGAGAUUUCAGCGCUUGAUUCGUGAGAGCGAGAUUUUGCAUGAAAAUCUCGCGCGUGAGAAAAUGAUUCAAAAUCGCGUGCGAGUUUGCUCACGCAGGAGCGGUUCAUGAGUGUGCUUUGAGUGUGAUUUUACCAACACUGGUAGGCAUGAGAGUCCAUCACUUUGUCGCAGUCCCCGGUGAGAUUCGAAUGGGCUAUAUAGUUCACCCGAAACCCUUACACAGUUUUGCACUCCAUCGUUGCUUUUAUCGGUCUAGUCAGCUUCCAAGGAAAGCCGUUUUCGUCCAUAAUUUUCCAUAGCUCAGCGCGGUCGAUACCGUCGUAUGCAGCUUUGAAGUCGAUGAACAGGUGAUGCGUUGGGACCUGGUAUUCACGUCAUUUCUGAAGUAUUUGCCAUCCGGUGAAGAUCUGGUCGGUUGUAGACCGGCCGUCGAUGAAGUCAGCUUGAUAACUUCCCACGAACUCAUUCGUUUUAGGUGAUAGACGACGGAAGAUGAUCUGGGAUAGCAUUUUGUAGGCAGCAUUCAAAAUAGUGAUCGCCCUGAAGUUCUCACAUUCCAAAUGGUCGCCUUUCUUGGGAAUGGCGCAGAUUACCCCUUCCUUCCACUCCUCCGGUAGCUGUUCGGUUUCCCAGAUCCUGACCAUCAGCCAGUGCAGACAGGUGGCCAACUUUUCUGGGCCCAUCUUGAUGAUUUCAGCUGCGAUACCAUCCUUACCAGCUGCUUUGUUAGUUUUGUUUGAGCUGAUGAAUGGCAUCCUUAACUUCCCUCAGCGUGGGAGUUGGUUCAUUUCCGUCUUCCGCUGGUUUCCCGUGCCUACGUUCUCCACGCCAUUCAGGUGCCGAUCGAAGUGCUGCUUCCAUCUUUCGAUCCCCUCGCGUCCGUCCGUCAAGAGGUCUCCGUCCUUAUGCCUGCACAUUUCGGCUCGCGGCAGGAAGUCGUUGCGGGAUGCGUUGAGCUUCUGGUAGAACUUCGGUGUUUCUUGGGAACGGCACAGCAGUUCCAUUUCUUCGCACUCCGCUUCUUCCAGGCGGAGCUUUUUCUCCCGAAAGAGGCGGGUCUGUUGUUUCCGCUUCUGUUUGUAACGUUCUACGUUCUGUCGGGUCGCUUGCUGCACGUACCCCCUGCUCUCGGCUGCGUCAUUGAUGGCACUCCAGCAGUCCUCUAGAGAGGCCUCAUCGAGCUCGCCCUCGUCUGGCAACGCGGUCUCGAGAUUCUGCGCAUAUGCUGAGGCGACAUCCGGUUGUUUUAGUCGCUCUAGGUUGUACCGUGGCGGUCGCCGGUACCGUACAUUGUUGAUGACGGAAAGUUUUGUGCGCAGUUUGACCUUCACCAGAUAGUGGUCGGAGUCGAUGUUGGCGCCACGAUUGUUCCUUACGUCCAUUAUGUCGGAGAAGUGCCGUCCGUCAACCAGAACGUGGUCGAUUUGAGAUUCCGUGUGCUGUGAUGAUCUCCAGGUGUGACGAUAAGGGAGGCUGUGUUGGAAAGAGGUGCUACGUAUGGCCAUGUUUUUGGAGGUGGCGAAAUGAAUGAGUCGUAGGCCGUUUUCGUUCGUCUGCUGGUGGGCGCUGAACUUUCCAAUCGUCGGUCUGAAUUCCUCCUCCUGGCCUACCUGAGCGUUUAAAUCUCCUAUGAUGAUCUUGACGUCGUGGCUUGGGCAGCGGUCGUACUGCGCGUAAAAUGCGUUCUUGUCACCAUGAGUGCUUCCGGAGUGUGGGCUGUACACGUUUAUUAUGCUCAAGUUGAAGAAUCGGCCCUUGAUUCUGAUGGAGUGGACGCACUAGCAGAGUUGCAACGGAACCACCGGGAAGACGAACGAAGAGCACCGAGAGCAGACAAAAAAACCGCGGACACUCUUUCGGGAACAAUACAAGAAACGCGUCUUUACAAGUGAUCGGUUUUAUUUGAACUGAAAAAACGUUGGAUACAGUGUUGUCAGUUUAGACGAUUAUACUUUUGCUCUACUGCUAUAAACAAGGUUGCUAUAAACAAGGUGCUCAUCCAUUCCCAACACUCCUCCUGGAUGAGUAUCUUGUUACUGUCCCUUCAAUCCCGCUUUCUUCAAAAAGAUACUGAGUUUGGCCGGACCGACUGGUUUAGUCAAAGCGGGGGGGCAAUACACAAGAUCUAUUGUAUUCUGUUCGCACAACUCACGUAUGAAGUUCCUCUUUGUGUCAAUGUGUUUUACCCGUCCACUGGAUCGCUCCGCCUUAGCGAAGCUCAAGCAACCCAUGUUGUCUUCGUAAAGAACCGUCGGCUUCUCUUGAGGCUCAUUCAGCUCCGCCAAAAGUCGUCGUAACCAUAUCGUUUCUUGACAGGCCAAAGCUAGCGCGUUGUAAUCAACCUCCAACGGUGAUAAGGCUACCGAAUCCUGUCCUUUGCUAGUCCAACUGACCGGGGC